AUCCGUCACGGUAUUCGCUGCAGCUGCCUUCACAGAGCGAUCUGGGGAAAGUAAAACUGGGCCCCUUUGUUAAAGGAAAACUCCGUAUGAAAAAAAAUAUGAAUAGGUUUUAGCCUUUCUGGCAAUGAAACAGGUGUUCAGAUGUUCAAACACCAAACGGAAACCUUUUGCAAAGAAUCGUGUCCGCUUUAACCGCACGUACUUGUGGUGAACAUGCAAACACACAUGCUCUGAUAAUAAAUAUAUGGCAUUGUCUUUGAAACUGAUUAGCCUGCACCAGAGACAGCCUUCUUUAGGGCCUAGUAUCACCAGUGUCACACCAUAGAACGCCAAAAGACACGGAGGUUCCGUGUCUGUCUUAUCUGUGGCCAGUAGUUGGGGUAUUCGCGCCGUGGAUAUGUGGACAAGCCCAUCGUGGCGAGGCUCAACCUUGGCGUUUGGAGCAGUGUCGUCGUGAGCAGCCCUUGAAACGGGGUGGUGGGGCGAGGGCAUAUUACGGGAAUUCUCGCCGGUUCAUCGCUCGCGAUAUGAAAGUGCUGCGCGUGAAAACGGACGCCUUCGAAUGAAACCCAGCUGUCUUAAUAUUUGGAAACCGAAACGCGUUUGCCGAGUCCGCGCCGACACGUGUGCCCACGCGGAAGAACAGGCGAGCCGGAGCUCGAAAUCCGUCGCUGCCAAAGCACUGCUCACUCGUUUAUUUAACAACAACAACAUCAUAACAACAUACAGAUGGAGAAUGUUGCUCCAUCUGGGCUGCGUGCACGGUGAGCACCAGCCGCACCAGCGCAUGCCGCAUCUCUGUCACUUCGAGCCGUCCCGUCAGCUGUCAACAGAGCCACCAAUCAACAGCUGACGCAUAUCAAAGUGUCCGAGAAUGCGCAAAUGUUGUAUGCUGAUGGCACUUCCGCAAGAACGCGAGAAACAUAGUGCACUGUAGUCCCCCCCUCCCCUACAAUUACUGUGACAUUAAUUUUAAUGAUGUCUCAUUGAUUUAUGGUCCGAUUUAUUUACUUGUCUAAUCUCAUUAUGUAAAACGGCUCCGUUAAUGAUUUCGUGCAAUGUACAACGCAGAAUGGAAUACUAUACGUGUGUAUGGUACAAUUAGUGUAGGUGUCUGAAGCUGCUGCUAGAGGCUUGUCCGAUUGAUAAUCUACAUCCGCGCUGUUUGCAAGGGGGCCGAGUCGCUAAGGGAUUUUCCAUGUCGGCUCCACUCCGCUAUCGAUUGCGCUGACGGGCCCGCGAGAUAAAUGGCACGGCGCACUGUAUGUUCAAGGAAAAGAUGCGGUAGUUGAUCACCACCGCGCUCGCAAACCUGCGUUCGUUGGGGCGGCGGCGGUGAUUUAAAUUGACCUCUGUUCAGAGCGCGCCGACAAACGCCGCCGCGGCUGCUUCUGCCGCCCCUCGUAUCCAUCGCGGCGCGGAGCCGGGGGCCCUGGAAGGGCUUCGGGUUUAGCGAGGUGGGAGGGGGGGACGGCGGGGCACCGCGGUUUUCUUCGAUCGCAGGCGAGCGAGGGCUGCCCGGGUGUGUGGGGGAGGGUGCCCCGCGGAGCGACGUGAAGGCGGUCCUUGAUCACGUUCGCAGAAGCUUGAGCGGCGGCGGCGGCGGCAUUCGGCGCGCAGGUGAUGCGCAAGCUCCCCGAGGAAAACGAACCGCGGUGGUUUAGCCCGUGCGAGAUUAAUUUGCUUUCUUAAAAAUAAAUCUUAUGUCGGGGAACGCAAGCAGAUGGUGAAAUGUGUAAUUACACUUGUAAUUGCGGGAGGAGUGGAAGUCGCUUGCAUCCCACGCGAACAGCGACGGGGAAUUCUUAAAGGGUCGGUGGAACGCAUUCCGUGAGCGGUGCAGGCAAGCAAGCCGCCAAACGCCGCAUGUUCGGAAUAAUGGAAUGCGAAGACGGACCGAGGGAGGCUGCGUGGGCGAGGGACUGCAGCGUCGCGGCCAAUUCUGGUCACGAGCAUCUCGCGUGACGACGAGGAGGAGGUGUCGUCGUGCCGCACUGAACGACGGCAUGAAUAUGCUCAGUUUGCCGAGAUGGACGAUGUUUGUUUAUUGCUCGAAGGCCAAGCUUUGAAAGGAAAACAUUAUGGAAACAAUUUAGACCGGCCGCAAUAUUUUUGUAACAUUUAACGCCAUCUGGAAAGCUUCGGCAAUGAUUAAUACGGCUUGCUUUGCCUGCUGAUAUUUAAUUUGGCUCAUUUCGAUGACAUUAGAAAUCAGAUAGGUGGCUAUGGAUAGCAUCCUGCAGGCAGGCAGAGCAAGGAAUUGUAGGGGCAAUGGCCAGCAUUAAACACUUGGCACUGGCAGAGAAGGUCGGCGUGGUGGAGCCCGGCGUCAUGGCCGGGCCCAGCGGGGAGGCCCAGGGUGGCGUCCGCGCCGACGAGUUCUACUCGCGGCGGCUGAGGAUGCAAAACGGCAGCGGCAGCGCACCGGGCUCGUCGUCGAAGGCCGACGGCCACCCCGCGCACGCCAACGGAACGCCCUCGGUGCCCCGCAUGGGCGUGCGCGCCCGGGUGUCCGAGUGGCCCCCCAAGAAGGACCACGACGAGGAGCCGGAUAAGGCACCGUGGGACGCACGCUCCGCGACGGCGCCGUACGACAACGUCCCGCCCAGGGCCUUCCCCACGUCACCGCCCAGGACCUCGCCGACGUCGUCGUCGAGGAGUGCGCAGGGAACGCCUGUGCGGCGUUCGCGGGACGACGGCGGGAGCCCCGACGCCGCCGACCGCUACCACUCGGCGGCCUCUCCGCAGAAAGCGGCGCACCCGCCGCAACGGCAAAGGAGCAACAGCGACGUGACGCUGGCCGACCUGGACCUCAAUGUGAUAACCGUGAGUGCCAAUUCCGGGAUGGGCUCCCUGCACCGGGAGUACGGCAGCACCUCGUCGAUAGACAAGCAGGGCGGCUGCUACGGCGUCGCAGCGGAAGGCUACUCGAGCCUCCUCAGGGGCUACCGUGCGGACGAUUGCCAGGACUCGUCGGUGGCUUUCCCCGGGCCGAGUUUAGCCGACUGGCCAAUGCUGGUGCAGGACCUUGACAAGAACCCUGCGCUGCUGCUCAAAGAGAGGGAGAAGUCCCUUAAGCGGCGCUCGCGCUCCGACACAGGCGACAGCUCCAUCUUCCGCAAACUGAGAAACCGGGUGGACGGCGAGUCGGCUUCCGAGAAGUCGUCGGACCAAGAGGACGGCCGCUCCGAGGACGGUUCGAAGCCGCCCUGGGUCUGCCAGAAGUGCUUCGCCCACUACGACGUGCAGAGCAUCCUGUUCGACCUCAACGAGGCGGCCGCAAACCGGCACCAGCUGGGCCGGCGCGUCAACACCACUACGGGGGCGUCGGCCGCCUCGCAACCCCCGCGAGCCCUCGGGGCCCUCGCCGCUUGUCCCGGCGGCGGCGGCGGCGGGGGCGGCAUCGCGGGGACGGGCGGCUCUCCGUCGGGCAGCACGGAAGACUUGAACGGCCGCGAGUGCCCCGACCCGGACACGGGCGAUGGCAAGAGCUGCGAGCUGCUGCACAGCUGCCCGUACUUCCGCAACGAGGUCGGCGGCGAGGGCGAGCGGCGCAUCGGGCUGACGCGCUCGGGCGGCGGCGGGCCGGUGCCGGGCGCCGGCGGGUCGGCGGCGGACGGGGCGUCGUCGUCCUUCGAGUGGUCGCUGAGCUCCCACUGCACCAAUGCGGGCGUGUCGGUGCUCGAGGUGCCGCGGGAGAGCCAGGCCGUGCACUGCGAGAAGGUGAAGCGCUACAUCAUCGAGCACAUCGACCUGGGCGCCUACUGCUACCGCAAGCACUUCCACGGCAAGGACCACCAGAACUAUUUCGGCGUUGACGAGAACCUGGGCCCCGUGGCGGUGAGCGUCCGGCGUGAGAAGAUCGACGAGGGCCGUGAGAAGGAGAGCUCGCACGGUCCGCAGUACCUCUACCGCGUCGUCUUCCGCACCAGCGAGCUGCGCACCCUGCGCGGAGCGGUGCUGGAGGACGCGGUGCCGUCGACGGCGCGCCACGGCACCACACGGGGGCUGCCGCUCAAGGAGGUGAUGGAGUUCGUGCUGCCUGAGCUGCAGCUGAGCUGCUUGCGCCUCGCGCCGGCCACUCCCAGGGUCUCCGAGCAGCUCCUCAAGCUCGACGAGCAGGGGCUGAGCUACCAGCACAAGGUGGGCAUCAUGUACUGCAAGGCGGGCCAGAGCACGGAGGAGGAGAUGUACAACAACGAGGCGGCGGAGGCGGCCUUCGACGAGUUCCUCGACCUCCUCGGGGAGCGCGUGCGCCUUAAGGGCUUCACCAAGUACCGCGCGCAGCUCGACAACAAGACCGACUCGACGGGGAUGCACUCGCUCUACACCACCUACAAGGACUACGAGAUCAUGUUCCACGUGUCCAGCAUGCUGCCGUACACGCCCAACAACCGGCAGCAGCUCCUGAGGAAGCGGCACAUCGGCAACGACAUCGUCACCAUCGUGUUCCAGGAGCCCGGGGCACUGCCUUUUACACCCAAGAACAUUCGCUCGCACUUCCAGCAUGUGUUUGUCAUCGUGCGAGUGCACAACCCCGGCAGUGAGAACGUCUGCUACAGCGUCGCGGUGACUCGCUCGAAAGACGUUCCGCCGUUCGGGCCGCCGAUCCCCAAGGGUGUGACCUUCCCCAAGUCGGCCGUCUUCCGGGACUUCCUCCUGGCCAAGGUGAUCAACGGCGAGAACGCGGCGCACAAGUCGGACAAGUUCCGCGCGAUGGCGGCGCGCACGAGGCAGGAGUACCUGCGCGACCUGGCGGAGAACCACGUGACGACGGGCACGGUGGAGUCGGCGGCGCGCUCGUUCGGGUUCAUCCCGCUGGGCGGCAAGAGGAAGGAGAGGACGCGGCCGCGGCUGGGAGCCGAGCUGGGCAGCCAGGGCGCGCUGGUCUGGCACGCGCGCGCGCACGACUACUCCCACUCCGCCGCGCACCCCGAGCUCGGCUGCCUCUUGGGGAUCUCCAACCAGGUGGUGGUGCUGGUGGACAGGGUGGCGCGGAGCGGGGUGGUGUUCAACUGCACGACGCGCGACGUCAUCGGGUGGACGUCGUCGCAGAACGCGCUGCGCAUUUACUACGAGCGCGGCGAGUGCAUCGACCUCACCGUGGCACCGGACGAGGUGGCGGAGAUCGUGCAGCGGCUGCAGCUGGUGACGCGCGGCUGCGAGACGCGGGAGCUCACGUUGCGGCGCAACGGCCUGGGCCAGCUGGGCUUCCACGUGAACUACGAGGGCGUCGUCGCCGACGUGGAGCAGUACGGCUUCGCGUGGCAGGCCGGCCUGCGCCAGGGCAGCCGCCUCGUGGAGAUCUGCAAGGUCGCCGUGGCGACGCUCUCGCACGAGCAGAUGAUCGACCUGCUGCGCACCUCGGUCACCGUCCGGGUGGUCAUCAUCCCGCCGCACGACGACGGUUCGCCCAGGAGGGGCUGCUCGGAGCACUGCCGCGUGCCCAUGAUGGAGUACAAGUUCGGAGAGGCGGGCGCGCCCUUCGACGUGAACCGUACGCCCUUCAAGGCCCCCGUGUGGCAGCGCGCGACGCCCACCGCGGGCUCUGCGCCGUCGCCGACCUCGGGUCACGCGCCCUCGCCCGGCGCCCGCAAGGGCCCCUCCGCCGUCGGCUCUUCGCCGCGCCAACCGCCGCUGCUGGUGCAGCACCCGUCGACGUUGCCCCCGCACCACUCGCAGGCCCUGUCGCCGAUGCAGGCGCAGCCGCCGCACGGACUUAUCCUCUCGGCCCAGGGCCAGGGCGCCAUCCCGCGGAGCUUCUCCGUCGACGGCAAGGCGGCCGAGAGCGGCAAGAGGGGGGCGACGGCGGUGGACGGCCGGCCCGUCGGAGCGGAGCGGCACGCGCCGCACCGGGGCUCCCCGUGCGCGCUCGCCCUGCCGGGAGACGCGGGGCCCUCGCGCAGGCAGAGGCCCACGCCCGACGGCCAGAAAAUGCCGGCGUCCGUCUGCCAGGACGCGGUUGACACUGAGAUGAGCGUGGACGAAGGCACGAGGAGUCGCAGCGGAACCCUCGAGAGGGAGAAGCCGAAAUCAAUUGAGCCCAUGUGGCACGUGCCGGCGGGGAAGGUGCCGUCGUCUUACCGGGACAGCCCCACUCGCCGGGUGUCACGCCAGGAUGCCAACGGGAGGGACUCGCCGGGCAGGGCGGCACAGGCCGUGGAGCACCGCUACUCCAGCCACUCGAGCAGCAACACGCUGUCCAGCACGGGCUCGAGCUGCGCCAGCGACGACCGCUGGUUUCACCCGAGCGACGGCGCCCCGUCGGACCGGGACGCGGCCUCCGGUGGUGGCGGCGGCGGCGGCGGCGGCGCCGUGGCGGUCUCCAUCACUUCCCAGCAGCUGACGGCGCCGGGAACGUCCACGGACAGCGGCAUCGACACGGCGACGCCACGCGGCACGCCGCUCGCCUCGGGCCACGCCUCGGCCCGCGCCGCCCGGGGGGACGGGAGCGGCGCCCACAGGGCGGCCGGGGAACGCGCGCACAGGGGGGGGGGCGGCCGCGACGACAGAGGGACGGCGCGGUCACACGGCAGCCCACUGCAUUCUGGGAGUCCCUCCAACAUUCCUUCCCAGUCCAGAUUUUCAGAAGUUCUCAACCUCUUAUCUUCAUCCAGAAUGUUCCACGCCUUUGGAAACGUAGAAUUCGUUCGUACCUCGCGGCACACCGGCAGCAGCCCAGGCACGCGCGCUCGCAGCAAGAGCUCCCUGGGCGAGGAGGGCCGGGGCGUUGGGGGCGUGGGUCCCCCCUUCUACCCGCGCCAGGGCGCCAGCGGAAGCUACCUGAGGGGGUGGAAAAAGCCCGAGAGCCCCAACAGCAGCGAGAACCGCAGGCGUCUGGGCAGCGACGUCAGCGACACCGUCUCGUGGGCCAGGCAGCGCGCCACAGCCACCGCGCGAUCGCUGCGGAAAGCCGAGGCGGAGGCUGCGUCCGACGGGAUCCCGGAGUCGGUGUCGUCCCACGGCAGGAUGCGCAUUCGCGAUGAGCUGUCGCUGGAGCAGACCCCGGCGAUGGCCCGCAGGCGGCUGCAGCGGACGCACUCGGACGAGAGCCUGUGCCAGCGCGACGGCUGCGUGGGCGGCGCGCGCGGCUCUCUCCUCGAGCAAGCGGCGCCCGUGGGCGACUACCUCCUGCCGCCGGGGUUCCCUGGCCACGCGCCACCGCCCUCCCACGCCGUGCUGCCCGCUUGCCGCAUGUCGGGGCUCUCCGUGGACUCGUCGGGCUCGGAGGAGUCGCUGCCGCGUCUGGCCGUGCGCGACGUGGAGGAGCUGCUGCCGCUGCCCGACGCGGCCGCGGGCCUCGAGUGGGCGACUCUGGUGGACGCGGCGCGCGCCUUCGAAGAACUCUCUUACACUCUCUUCGUGGAAGACCAGCGGGUGACGAGCGUGCUGGGGGGGAUGCUCGACGUGGACGACAUGGGCUGCAUCGCCGAGUUGGCGGAGGGCGACCAGGCAGACGCCCACCUUCCCUCGGCAUCGCUCGUGGGGGAUGACUCUCCUAAAUCUCUCACCGUUAAAGUCGGGCAGCUGGAGAGCAUCUUGAAGCAGCUUCAGGAAGACCUCCAGAAGGAGAAGACGGACAAGGCGGCGCUGCAGGCCGAGCUGGAGGACCUGAGGGAGGACAACGUGCGCCUGCAGCAGGAGUCGCAGACGGCGGCCACGCAGCUGCGCAAGUUCACCGAGUGGUUCUUCAACGCCAUCGACAAGAAAUGAAGACGCCGCUCCUUCGAGACUGAGCGCCACGGGGACCAGGCGGAUUGCGCGCGCGUUUUCGUCGCAGACGCGACCGGUUGGUCCACCUGGACACUCUGUAGGCCGCGAAGGAUGAAUUCCUUUCAUGACUGGACGUCACCACCUGUCUCUACUGUAGCUACCGCUGCCGAUGUUUCUGCUGCUGCUGCUGCUGCUGCUACUGCUGCUGUCGCUGGGACGUGAGGCCGCUUGGAAAUGCGAGGAGUUUCACGAAUAGUCCGAGGCUCCACGACGCCGCUUUUAUUCCCGAACGUACGGCACAGAUCCGAUGGGGGCUCGUGACUUUCAGCAGCACCCACCCCUGCGAUGCGUCCAUGGGACUGCCAACUCGUAUUCGCCGUCUCGUGAAGGGACCCUCUUGGCAAAUGCGUGGACAAAACAGGCCCGAAUUAGCCCCAGCUUGUAGAGGGUACAGUGUUUGGCAUUUGGUCUCUUGCGUCGAUCUGAAUUCACUAUCAGGGUAUUGUGCUUAGAGUUAGCUGUGUUACGUACAUGAAGUGGUUUUUCCCUGGGCCUGAAAGUGGCUCGGGCAAUAUUGUGUGAUACGAAAACGAUUUGAAGUAAUUUGCUCAAUUUCUGAGGAGAUUUAACUGUACAGUAUUUUAAAUUUGUCGACACGCAAAGUGUUGCCAACGUGUGAACUCCGCUGUCUCAUUUGAUGUCCGUAUCUGCUCUAUUUUAAGCCCGUAAUCUAGACUCAGGCAUGUGUGCAUGAAGAGGCUGUAAGGAGCCUACAUGCACCCACGUUGAAUCGUCCCAUUCGCACGUUUUUGUGUUAAAUGCACUCGUAUUUAUUUUCGAGCGCGGUGCGCCGCUGUGAAUGAGAAUAUCGAGAUUAUGCCUUAAUCGUAGGCACGGUGGGUGUGUUAUUGAAGUCGAGUCCUUUGGAGGCCUGAAGCACACAAUUCCGACGCUUGCCUAACAAACAAACAAAUUGUGCCUCUGAAUUCCCAUGUUCUCUGGUGGAAACCCCCCCCAGUUAAAAAAUAUAUAUUAAUAUCGACAAAAAAUAAAUAACUGUUGAGUUCAAAUGGUUCAUAGCCUCGGAAGGCUGAUGGCCCAACAAGGACUCUAUUCCUGCCUUUGUUUCCGUAGCCUGCGGGCCAGCGAGGACUUGAAUGGUGAUGGCUUCGUGCCAGUGAAACUGCUGCAUUAAAUAGCGUGGCUUGGCGCUGCGGGGCCGAGCGUGUGCCGGAGCGUGUGCCGGAGCGUGUGCCGGAGCGUGUGCCGGAGCGUGUGCCGGAGCGUGUGCCGGAGCGUGUGCCGGAGCGUGUGCCGGAGCGUGUGCCGGAGCGUGUGCCGGAGCGUGUGCCGGAGCGUGUGCCGGAGCGUGUGCCGGAGCACGGCGUCCGGCGAGCAGCCCCCCGAUGGAAUUCGUGUGAGUCUUUGGGUGGGGUGCGGAGAUCUGGGUGCUCUGGGCGCACGGUGGAAAUGGGUGGGUUUGAUUGAUCGAGAGUGGGACAAUCGAUUUUAUUUUUAUUUUUUACCUUUUUGGCAUUACAAUCAGAACUAUGAUAAACUAGAACCAAAAGAGCAACACGUGCUGAUUGGUGUGUUCCUGUAACGGCAGGUCCCCGGAUGGCUUUCUUUCUGGAGAAGUGCUGGUUUGUGCUGUGCUUGUUCUCAAACGGCGAUUUCCUUUGUAGUGUUUUUAUAUAUAUACUGUAUACAUAUACCGUUGAAGUUAAACAUCGUGGGAAUCAGUUAACCAGUGUUCAGUUUUAUCGUACGGUUCCUUUUAAACCAAAUGGCAUGUAUCGUUUCACUCCAGAAUGCAGAAUAAUAAUAAAAAACCCCACAAACUUCAAUAACCUCCCAUAAUAAUAAUCUCUGACAGAAUGCUUUUAAACGUCAGCUUGCAACAGUUGCCUUGAGCUGGGUCCGCCCGUUGCAGCGAAGCCACACUGCCAUCGGGAGGCGCUCCGCGUGGCUUUGACCCGCUACCGGAUUGCUGCCUCUGCGAUCGCGGACGCAGCGACCGUGGGCCCAGUGAUCGCGCGGUCGCGGGCGCAGUGAUCAAGAGCCCAGUGAUCGCGCGGUCGCGGGCGCAGUGAUCAAGAGCCCAGUGAUCGCGCGGUCGCGGGCGCAGUGAUCAAGAGCCCAGUGAUCGCGCGGUCGCGGGCGCAGUGAUCAAGAGCCCAGUGAUCGCGCGGUCGCGGGCGCAGUGAUCAAGAGCCCAGUGAUCGCGCGGUCGCGGGCGCAGUGAUCAAGAGCCCAGUGAUCGCGCGGUCGCGGGCGCAGUGAUCAAGAGCCCAGUGAUCGCGCGGUCGCGGGCGCAGUGAUCAAGAGCCCAGUGAUCGGGCGGUCGCGGGCGCAGCGAUCGCCCGAGCACGGGCCCAGUGAUCGCCCGAGAUGCCCACCGCCCGACUCUGCCGGCGCUCGCUCGGUGUUUGGCGCCGCACUGCGCGCUGCUGCGGACUCACCCGAGGCUACAACUUCGCCCAUUAAUUUAAAAGCGUAUUAGCGAAACAAUUGUUUUAAAACGAAACAAGGUAAUUUUAUUCUUUAUUACAUACUAUAUAGAUACAGAAUGUUUUUUGUUGUUUGUUGUAAUGAAGAAAUCUGUUCAACUUGAAUCACCAGCUCCCGUUAUAACAUCAAACCACAGCGUGCCAGGGGGCACGCGUGAAGCUCAUCCACCAUUCUCCUUAAUUAUUGUCUUAUAUAUUCGUGCAAUAGCAGCCCAUAGGCGCGCGCGCACCCAUGGGGAGACUAAUUAAAGCAGCAGUAGAUUCGGAGUCGGGCUGACUUGUUUGUGCAUUUAGUGACGUGUGGGUGGCCCUUGUUUGGCCUUGUGCAAGACGUGCGGUGGUCGUUCAUAUGCACUAUUCAGCAGAUUCCUAUGCUGUAUAUUUUGUACUUGGUGUUACGUUGGGUUGGAGGGUAUUUUUUUUUCUUUCCACACAUGGCGUCUGCGCAUGAGAGAAGUGUUUUUUUGUUUUUAGUGAGGUCCGUCUGCACCAUUCUGUUUCGUCCGAGGAGCCGAGCGUACGAUGACAUUUGUGCGACGAGUCUCGCGUCGGCCCUGGCGCGCUGGGGGCCAGGUUCCCCCAGCCCCUGGUGCAGGGGUCGCACGUCUCUGACCUCGUCACUGUUAACUCGUUUGCAAGUUGUCACAUUUCAUUUUUAAUUUUGCCUACGAACGUUGGUGAUUUUUCGUUUUGUUUCUGUUAAUUACUGUAUUCGAACGUAGUAUAAAACGUGUAAUGAUUUCACCGUUUUAACAUUGCCAGAAGAUGGUCCAAUUUUUGGAUUUGCAUAAUAAACAUUGUUAUACAGUAAAA